ACAAAAAUAGUUUGGCAUGCCAGACCAUCUACUCAUAAAUACUCUCAUAUAACGAUUUUUACAUGUAGACAAACACUACCCGGAAUCAUUUAGUGCGACACAGUGGCGGAUUAAUGGCUGCAGUCACUAUACGGAUCUCCUCUCAUUGUUUACAUUUCGAAACGGUAUGUUCCCUGUGUGUUUGAGGUUGUCAUUGAUACAAGAUCAAACCUAACCCCGCAAUAAUGAUAAAUAUCGCCAAAUUAAUGUGAAGACAUUCUCGCUGAGACAGUAUCAAGCCGACAAGCGGCGAACUAGCCCUGUAUGCUAACUAUCCCAGCUCCAUCUUUACUGUAUCGCCUGCUGCUCCAGAGAUGGCAAGUUAGUCUUCAUCUUUCGUUUGGAUUUCCUCCUGCUUGGAUCUCAAGGACAGCCGAAUGACUGAGGAGGUAUAGCACCAGGUGAGGCUACAGGCCAGACAGCAUCUUCAUUUGAGGAAUAUCGCAGGGUGCGCAAUGUUUAGUGUACCUCAAACCUCCAAGUCCGCGUUCCUGGACAAAGCCAGGCUGGCCAGGGAGGAAAGGAGAGGACAGAAGGAUAAGGAGAAAGCAGCAACCCACAUCCAAGCGCUGGUCAGGAGAUUCCUCUGUCGCUGCAGACUCCAGAAGCAAAUAAGGAAAGAGGUAGAUGACUAUUUUCAAGCAUCAGAAAGUGGGACAACAAAAAGAAAUGCGCUGUCAAUUUUCAAAAUUGCGCGGAAAUUACUCUUCAUAUAUCGGCAAGAAGAUAAGAUGAGGUUCGAAAAGCUCUGUCGUGCCAUCCUUGCCAGCAUGGAGGUUGAAAAUGAACCUAAAGUCUGGUAUGUUUCCUUGGCUCUCUCUAAAGACCUCACCAUUCCCUGGCUCAAACAGAUAAAAGACGUGCUCUGGACCUGCUGUCAGCGACUGAAAAAUUUAAAGCCUGACAUACUUCAGGACAAUAAACUGGUGACGCUGUACCUCACCAUGCUGGUGACCUUCACAGACACUUCAACCUGGCGGAUAGUCAGAGGGAAGGGAGAAGCUCUCAAACCCGCGUUGAUGAGGAUUUGUGAAAAUAUCAUGGGCUAUCUCAAUCAAAAGGGAUUCUAUUCAAUACUGCAGAUCUUGCUGACCAAUGGCUUGGCUCGCUCUAAACCGUCUCUCUCCAAAGGCACUUUGACAGCUGUGUUCACUUUGUCAUUAAGGCCAGUCAUUGCUGCUCACUUCUCUGAUAACCUGCUAAGAUCAUUCCUCAUUCACAUCAUGUCAGUUCCAGCUGUCGUAUCCCACCUCAAUGUGCUCACUCCAGAGUGCAUGGCAUCCAUCCACACACAUGACCUGCUGAGGAAAUUCAUUCUGUUUCUCAGCCGGGAAGAGCAGUGUUUGGACAUUUGUGUGUGUCUCGAGGGGAGCCACACACUCUGCUUACUUGGCAACCUGAUUCACUUGGGCUUCCUUAAUGAGAAAGUCCUUGAGGAGGAGGCCAACCAUUUUGUGAAGGACCUGACUGACAUGCUGUCCUACUGUCAGAGAUACGUCUCCCAAAAGAAGUCCAACCUAACCCACUGGCACCCUGUCCUGGGCUGGUUCUCCCAAACUGUGGACUACGGUCUCAAUGAGUCAAUGCCACUGGUCACUAAACAGCUUCAGUACCUGUGGGGUGUUUCUGUCAUUCGGACCCUCUUCAGCGACGUCCUCUCUAAAAAGCUGGAGAGUCAAGAGCCCACUCCCCCACCUCCGCAACCCAGCACAUCACAAAACAACCUACCGGUUAAAAACCUCUUCAAGCGAGCAUUUCAGAAGUCGGCUUCUGUGCGGAACAUCCUGAAACCAGUCGGAGGGAAGCGAGUCGACUCAGCUGAGGUGCAGAAGGUGUGCAGCAUCUGUGUGCUGUACCAGACUGCUCUGUCUACACUUACGCAAAUACGACUCCAGAUACUCACAGGUCUGACACAUCUCGAUGACCUUUUGCCCAAACUUUGGGCCUUCAUCUGUGAGCUCGGUCCUCAGGGAGGCCUCAAACUCUUCAUGGAGUGUCUGAACAAUGACACUGAAGAGUCCAAGCAGCUCCUGGCUAUGCUCAUGCUCUUCUGUGACUGCUCUCGACAUCUCAUCACAAUUCUGGAUGACAUUGAAGUCUAUGAAGAACAAACAUCUUUCAAGAUAGAGGAACUCAUCACUAUCUCCUCGUUUCUGAACACGUUUGUGUACAAGAUGAUAUGGGAUGGUAUCUUAGAAAAUGCUAAGGGAGAGAAACUGGAGUUGUUCCACAGUGUUCAUGGCUGGUUGAUGGUGCUUUAUGAGCGGGACUGCAGGCGACGAUUCACCCCUGAUGACCACUGGCUGCGCAAGGACCUGAAGCCCAGUCUGUUAUUCCAAGAACUGGAGAAAGGCAAGAAAAGAGCCCAGCUAUUAUUGCAGUACAUCCCACAUGUCAUUCCACACAAAAACAGGGUGCUGCUGUUCAGGAACAUCGUCACAAAGGAAAAAGAAAAUUUAGGAUUGAUAGAGACGAGCUCUGCCUCGCCACAUGUCACCCAUAUUACCAUCCGUCGCUCACGGAUGUUAGAGGAUGGAUAUGACCAGCUCCGCCGAUUACCAGCGAAUUCUAUAAAAGGCGUCAUUCGCGUGAAGUUUGUCAACGAUCUGGGAGUGGACGAGGCUGGUAUCGAUCAGGAUGGCGUGUUCAAAGAGUUUCUCGAGGAGAUCAUUAAGAAAGUGUUCAAUCCUGCUCUCAACCUGUUCAAGACUACGAGUGGAAACGAAAGGCUGUAUCCUUCACCGACAUCGUACAUCCACGAGAACCAUUUGCAGCUAUUUGAGUUUGUGGGGAAGAUGCUCGGGAAAGCUGUGUAUGAGGGCAUUGUUGUGGACGUCCCUUUUGCCUCCUUCUUCCUCAGUCAAGUCUUGGGUCACCACCACAGCACUUUCUACAGCUCCAUCGACGAGCUGCCAUCGCUGGACUCUGAGUUUUACAAGAACCUCACUUCCAUCAAGCGCUACGAUGGAGAUGUAGGAGAUCUAGGACUCACGUUAUCCUAUGACGAGGAUGUUAUGGGACAGCUUGUCUGUCAUGAGUUGAUACCUGGAGGGAAAACCAUGCCAGUCACCAAUGAAAACAAGAUCAGCUACAUCCACCUCAUGGCUCACUUCCGGAUGCACACGCAGAUUAAAGAGCAAACGGCAGCUUUCAUUCGGGGCUUCCGCAGCAUCAUUAACCCGGAGUGGCUGCACAUGUUUUCCACGCCUGAAGUUCAGCGUCUCGUCUCGGGAGACAAUGCUGAGAUUGAUCUGGAUGACCUCAAGAAGCACACUGUCUACUAUGGAGGUUUUCACAGCAGCCAUCGAGUCAUCAUCUGGCUGUGGGACAUCCUGUCCAGCGAUUUCAACGCUGAAGAGAGAGCUAUGUUCCUUAAAUUUGUUACCAGCUGCUCAAGGCCACCUCUUCUAGGUUUCGCCUACCUCAAACCACCUUUCUCCAUCCGUUGUGUGGAAGUUUCAGAUGAUCAGGACACUGGAGACACACUUGGCAGUGUUCUUCGCGGCUUUUUCACUAUCCGCAAGAAGGAGCCAGGUGGACGGCUUCCCACUUCAUCAACGUGCUUCAACCUGCUCAAGCUGCCCAACUACAGCAAGAAGAGCAUCUUGCGCGACAAGCUGCGCUACGCUAUCAGUAUGAACACAGGCUUUGAGCUCUCCUAACUCAGCUGCAUCAGGACAAUCUUCACAGGAGGGUUGCGCUAAGUGGCCUGAAGGAAGCACAAGGCUUGGCUUACCUGGACUGGAGCCUGUCACAUCAAAGGGGCAUCAUAUAAACAAAAGGGGGAUCGUGGAGGACCUACAAACUCUGCUUUUGUCUCUUUUGAAAACUGGAUGAGCUCUGCUCUACUUCACCCUCACAUCAAAGGGGAUGCUGUUUUUGCAGCACAAUCCAAUUUUUAACAUCUCCCUUUGCCACUCCCAAAAUUCAAUCUGCGGCGUGUUUAACUCGAUGGAAUACGGAUACACAGUGGCUAGAUCUGUCUCUCAGGCUUAACAGAAUCAUUCUCGGAUUUAACACUCCAAUUUUAAGCGAACUGGAAAGCAAUAUAGAUGCAAUGCAAGCCAUUAGACACGUGGUCGACUCACUCGAGUGAAACCAAGCAAUGCAUUGUUAAUGUACUUACAAGCUUGGGCUCCAUUAUCCGAGCAACUUUCAGCCGAUAUUGGAUGAGUCUUAAAAUGUUUUGCUGAACAUAAUGCGUCUUUUAUAAAUGGAAGACAAAUCAGUGUCUUGUGUUCAACCUCCAUGAAGGAGGAGUUGCUCACAGCAGUGAUCCUGUGUUCAUUACAUUAUGUCCCAUUUGGAGGAAAAUCAUUCUGACCUCGCUCCAUUUCUCCCCACUAAAAGACACAGCAGUCACCCGAGAGAGGCAUCGGCCCUCUGGUUUUUAUGUUCCCACUGCCUUUGGAAAUCUAGCUUCUGCCUUGGUUCUGGUGAAGCGGCAGAAUUUCUUGACAGAGAAUCUGAUCCUGCUGUUGUUUGAUUCAGAAAAAAUGUCCUUUGCUGUAGCAUUUGACUUUUGAGUAAUCAAAAACUGGAAAUGUUUUGUCACUUAUUUGUAUUUCCUGUGUCCAGGAAAGCAGACACAGCUGUUCAUUGUCACACAUCUGUGCUUGACUUACACUCCAAAAAAAAAAAGAAAAGCAAAGUUAAUGAUGUUAGCCUUUGAACUUAAUACUAGUAAAACUGAAGAUUUCUCACUACACCCUUGAAUAACGCCGAGUGCCUCAUAAUGCCCCCAACCGCCCCUCCCCCCCACGCUCUCACACGUCCGACUGUAACCAAGAACAAUGUUUAUCGGAAACAAGCCAUAGAAACGAGGGCUGUGUACCUGGACUUAUUCUCUGCUCUGACUAACAAAGAAGCGCAGAAAUCCAACCACUUUACCACCACUACAACGACACUACAACUACAACAGCCGAGGAGGGUUUUCCUGCGAUGCCCUCCCAUCUCUGUGGACUUUUUAAGCCAUGCGGAAAAGAAUUUGAGGUUCAGAAACCUCUCAACAUGAUGUCAUGGACUGGUUCGUCAACCAAAUGCUUGACUGCUUGAUUUGAUGUUCCCUUGGAUGGAAAGGUUGCUCAGCUCUCUGCUGUUUGGGGCUGUUGGGAAGAGGGACAUGUGGGUGAAUGUUACCUUAUAAGCCUAAAUAUUACUUCACACAGGGUUCAGAAAGGAGACGCUUUAGUCAUGAACCAGAAACGUUAAAAGAAAAAUAUCAAUUUCUUUAUUAUGCAAAAAAAUGUUCUGUCAUGAAUGAGUAUGGAUACUUUUAAGCUAUAGAACAUACUGGAGGUCAUUAUUGCCAUGUUUCUAACUAGUAAUAUCAUGGCCACUAACUUGUGUGAAAACAACAAAUAAAAGUGAUUAUAAUUCAAGUACAACCAUUAUAUAUAUAUAUAUAUAUGUAUAUAUAUAUACAGUAUAAAUAACACUGGUUGUAUUGAACGAACCAGCAGUCUACUAAUGAGAUUAAACUAUUUUCAGACAAAUCAGUCAGGAGGAGUUUGCUCCAGCUCUCCUCCUUUUUAAUCUAUUCAAGCAAGAAGUGGAGACACCACGGACGGAUUUACACGAGUGUGUGUUCAUGUGCAAGAGGGAUGAAAGAUACCUCACAAGCUUGUCUGUCUCGUCUGAUGAGGUCACUCAUCUGUUUUGAAAAAUGAUGUCAAGAGUAGGCUGUAGGCUUUAAAUGUACCGGUGGUCUGCUGAUGCUGACUUUGAAUAUUCACCCUUUUAGUACAAAAAAAUGAAAUAAAAAUGAUCCUGGAAUUGUUCCCACCCUUCAUGUGAAAGUUUCCAUCUUUUUUUAAAGUGUCUUUCAAACUGGCUGCACUGCAGUGAGGAGUGUGUUGUUAAAAAAGAAAAAAAAAAAAGAUUUGUCCAUGUGUAAGAUACUUUUCCCCC